AUGGAAAAUGGUGGAACACAAUCAUCGGAAAAUCCGGCGCCGCUGCCGCCAGCUGAGGAGCUACUGAAGAAGAUCGAAGAACUAGAAAUAGGCCAUGCCCACUUGAAACAAGAGGUGUCUAAGCUCAUAAAUUUAUCAACACCGACUGCUCGAGAUGCUUCCGACCAUCGUCCAAGGCAGAGGUCCCACUCUGUUUCGCCGCAGCGGGCUCCACGGAGGAGGGCCGCUGGUGGAGAUGGAAGCGCCACGGUGUUGUGGAGGAGGGGUUUGACCCCAUUCCAGCAGUCGUCGCCAUUGCAGAGAGAGAGUAAUAGCAGGGAGAUGGAUCAUGGGAGUGACGGUGGAGGACCGGCGGCGGUUAAGUUUACUGAUGGGCAGUACUUGAACAUAUUACAGUCAAUGGGGCAAUCAGUGCAUAUAUGUGAUCUCAAUUAUCGGAUUAUUUACUGGAAUAGAAGCGCAGAAAAUCUUUAUGGAUAUUCAACUGCAGAGGCUCUAGGGCAGGAUGCUAUUAAGCUACUAAUUGACAAUCGAGAUUUUGCUGAGGCUAGUGACAUAAUGCAUCGAGUGGCGAUGGGGGAGGGUUGGACUGGGCAGUUUCCUGUUAAAACUAAGAGAGGGGAUAGGUUUUUAGCUGUUGCGACUAACACCCCUUUCUAUGAUGAUGAUGGCACUUUGGUGGGAAUUAUAUGUGUAUCAAGUGAUUCCAGACCUUUUCUGGAAGCAAAAGCAGCAAUGUCUAGGGCCAAAAACUUAGAAACAGAUUCUAGCUGUAGCAGGCCGAGAAGCAUUGCUUCAUCCAAACUUGGCCUUGAUCCUCAGCAGCCUCUACAAGUGGCAAUAGCCUCAAAAAUAUCAAAUUUUGCUUCUAAAGUGAGCAACAAGGUUAAGUCAAAAAUAAGGUCCGGGGAGAAUGGCUCGGAUUUUGAAGGUGGAAGUGGAGAUAGCCAUCACUCUGAUCAUGGUUUUUUGGAUGCAGCUUCCUCUGACCAUAGGGAGGAUGCGGCUUCUAGUGGAGCUAGUACACCCCGAGGAGAUGUACAUCCUUCUUCGUUUGGAGUGUUCUCCAGUGCUAGCCAUGAGGAACACUCCCCGGGCAGACCGUCCCGGGAAUCUGGUGAUGAAAGUGAAGGAAAACCGGGGAUUUCUAAGAUCAUUACUUCGAAGGCUGGGGCUUUGAUUGGUAAGAAAGGUUUGCCUUGGCCAUGGAAAGGAAAUGAACAAGAUGAUGGAACAGAAGCAAAGACUUCUCGAUUUGUAUGGCCCUGGUUACACAAUGACCUAGAAAAUGAGUCAGGGUCGUGGUCCUCAUCGGCCAAUGUUAAUAGCACCAGCAGUGUUAGUAGUUAUGGAAGUACGAGCAGCAGUGCUGUUAAUAAAGUUGAUCUGGAUACCGACUGCUUCGAUUAUGAAAUCUUGUGGGAGGACUUGACAAUUGGAGAACAGAUUGGGCAAGGUUCUUGUGGAACUGUAUAUCAUGCUCUGUGGUAUGGAUCAGAUGUUGCUGUCAAGGUAUUUUCCAGACAAGAAUAUUCUGAUGACAUAAUAUUUUCCUUCAGACAGGAGGUCUCACUUAUGAAAAGACUUCGACAUCCAAAUAUUCUGCUCUUCAUGGGUGCAGUUACUUCACCUCAGCGUCUUUGCAUUGUUACAGAAUUCCUUCCACGUGGAAGUUUGUUCCGGUUAUUACAAAGAAAUACAUCAAAAAUAGAUUGGAGACGACGCAUUCACAUGGCUUUGGAUAUAGCACGAGGUAUAAAUUAUCUCCAUCGUUUCAAUCCACCUAUUGUUCAUCGUGAUUUGAAGUCUUCAAAUCUUCUUGUUGACAAGAACUGGGCUGUUAAGGUUGGCGACUUUGGUCUCUCACGUCUUAAACACGAAACAUAUUUGACAACAAAGACAGGGAAAGGAACGCCUCAGUGGAUGGCUCCUGAAGUUCUUCGUAAUGAACCCUCAGAUGAGAAGGCCGAUGUCUACAGUUACGGAGUGAUACUUUGGGAAAUUGCUACCCAAAAGAUUCCUUGGGAUAACCUCAACUCAAUGCAGGUGAUUGGAGCUGUGGGUUUCAUGAACCAACGCCUUGAGAUACCAAAGGAUGUCAUUCCCCAAUGGGCUUGUAUAAUCGAGAGCUGCUGGCAUAGCGAACCACAGCGCCGCCCGACAUUCCAAGAACUAGUUGAAAGGCUAAAAGAUAUGCUGAGACAAUUCCAGGCUGGCCGUGCCAUUGCUGGUGAUGGCAGCCAAAAUGAACUAUAG